UGGGCCGGGGGAGGGGCAGGAAAGAGGGCUAUAAGGGCCGCAGCCCUGGCGGGCGGGAGCCAGGCGGGCCAUGGCGGAUGUCCCCGGGGCACAGCGACCCGUUCCCGGCGGCGGCUCCGAACCCCGGGACCCCCUGGACUGCUGGGCCUGCGCUGUGUUGGUCACGGCUCAGAAUCUGCUGGUGGCUGCCUUCAAUCUUCUACUGCUGGCGCUGGUGUUGGGAACCAUCCUGCUACCCGCUGUCACCAUGCUAGGCUUCGGCUUCCUCUGCCACUCCCAGUUCCUGCGUUCCCAGGCACCCCCUUGCACCGCGCACCUUCGGGACCCGGGCUUCACCGCCCUCCUGGUCACCGGAUUCCUGCUCCUCGUACCGCUGCUCGUACUUGCCCUGGCCAGCUACCGCCGUCUCUGUCUACGCCUCCGCCUGGCCGAUUGCCUCGUGCCCUACAGCCGAGCCCUCUAUCGGCGCCGGCGCGCCCCGCAGCCGCGGCAAACCCGGGCAUCACCAGGCUCCCAGGCCGUUUCCACAUCAGGAAAGGUCUGGGUCUGAGGACCCUCGAGUCGAGAACAAUCCUGAGGACCGUCUUCCUUCCCAGUUGGCCCAAGACCUGAAGCCUAGGGUCUCCCGACCUACUCUACCCCAAUCCCUGCCUAAGCAGGGUCCUAGCAGCCCCACGGGGAACAGCAGCAGCUGUGGACCCGAUGCUGGUGAAAAUUCGCCAUAACGUGGGAAAUUCACUUUCCUUUCACUACCCACCUUUGAAUGCUGAACAUCUGGGCUGGACCCUGCAUACUACUCCCCACUGUGAAUAGGACAGCUGAACUCUCAUGUCCUCCUUUUCUGGUGCAGCACCUCUAAUAUUUACGGGCCAGGGAGAGGCAAGAUUGGAGGGAAAGAAAUGAUCACACAUUAAUAAAGAAUUAACGAACUGAA